AUGGCCAACUCAUCUAGUCCGGCACCCAAGCCAGAUCUCCGGCAUUCCAAGUAUCCAAGCUCGAUAGGCCGGAAGUUCGAUCCUGACGGAAAGGUUCUGCCGUUUCCUGGAAACACGAUCAUCUGUCACCUUUCACCGGACCAACCUCUGUACCCUGCCAUGCUGGGUCUGUAUGACGCUCUCAGGAGCCACCGAUUAGCGUCUCUAUAUACCAUGUUACCUCCGAAAAGCUGGCACAUGACUGUCUUCGAGGGCGUCAGUGAUGAGACUCGAGCCUGGCCGUCGGAUUUGCCCCUCGAUGCCCCAUUGGACAUAUGCACAGAUCUGUUCAAGAAGAAGCUCGAGAACUUUGAGUUCGACGCCUCGACCCCAUUCCAACUGACCAUUGUUGGUUACAAUCCAUUGGUAGAAGGCAUCGCCCUGACAGCCGUCCCCGCGACUCCCGCCGACGAAGUAAGGAUUCGCGAUCUUCGCAACCGGCUGUCCGAGCUCCUACAAUUACGCAAUCCUGACCACGACGAAUAUGCCUUGCACUUAAGUCUUGCAUACCUUCUACGCUGUCUGGAUGACCAACAACAGAAAGAGCUUUCCGACUUUCUGGAAGAAUAUCGUGCUAAGCUGCCCAUUCAUUUCGAAUUGGGGGUUCCGGAAUUCUGCACCUUCGAAGACAUGUUUGCCUUUCAUCGACUGUUUUUCUUGGGGAACAAGUCCUAA